AUGUCCAACACUGUAGCAGUAUUCACCUUUCUUUUGUCCUUGCUGAAUGCAAUUGCUUAUGGCAUUGUGUGGAACGCUCCCAUCAUCGUUCCAAAUGAAACUACCGUUUGGCAAGCAGGACAAAACUAUACCGUGGAAUGGAAUACUACGACCUCUUGGGGUCAGCCUAUUCCAGAAAAUGUUACUGGAAUUAUCAAGCUUGGCUAUCUCGAAGAUGGAUACGCAGACGAACAUUUGUACUGGGACCUCGCUAGUGGCUUCCCACUCAACAGCGGUGGACACAACAUCAGCCUUCCAUCCGAUUUAAAAACCAUGUCUAAUUACAUUAUCGUAUUGAUGGGGGACUCUGGCAAUGCAUCACCCAAAUUUACCAUUAACGGAGUAUCCUCUCAAUAA